UGAAAAGAUAACACAGAAACUGGGGGUAUCACCUGAAAAGAUGGGGCGGUGUGAUUUCAGUGAAGCAAACGGAGAUGUUUUUCGGUUGAGUAAGGCCGUGUGAGUUAUGGUUUUUAUCUCUGGACUUACACCUCUAAUUUAAGUAUUUAUAGCAUACUUCCCCAGUAAUCCCUGGUUUUUCCCCCUUCAUACGGAAACCCCCGAUGCUGCUUUUCCACCUCCUCGCUGCCACCAGCCCCAGGGUGAAGAGGAGCCUGGUCCGACCCCGGUCACCGGAGAGGCGGGGGGACACCCGCGCUGCCCGCCCGUCCCCCCAGCCCAUCCCGCCCCGGUGUCUCCCCGCCGCCGGACCCGCUGCGGCGCCUUUAAGGCCCGGUGCGUGAUGUCACCGCGGCUGGGAGACACUCCGCGGCGCGCGCCGGGCUGCCGCGGGCACCGCGCACCGGAGGGGACCCCGCGCACCGGAGGGGACCCCUGUCCGGAGCGUCUCCCUACCCGGCGGGACCCCUCCCCAGCGGGCACCCCCUGCCCACGGCGGGGAACCCCUUGUCCGGAGUGACCCCCUGCCCGGCGGGAGCCCCUGUCCGGAGGGAGCCCCCUUACCCGGCGGGGACCCUUGACCGCAGCCCCCCGCCCCCGGCCACAGGGGACCCCCUGCCCCGCCGGCGGGAGGGGUUCGGCGGCGCGGCAUGGGCAGCCUCCAGCUGCAGGACUUCGCGGCGGGCUGGGUGGGCGGAGCCGCCAGCGUGGUUGUGGGCCACCCCCUGGACACCAUCAAGACUCGUUUGCAAGCUGGACAAGGGUAUGGCAAUACACUCAGCUGUGUUCUCACUGUGUACAGAAAUGAGUCUGUGGCCGGCUUCUUCAAAGGCAUGUCCUUCCCACUGGCCAGCAUCGCCGUCUACAGCUCCGUGGUCUUUGGCGUCUUCAGCAACACGCAGCGGCUCCUCAGCCAUUUCCGCCACGGAGACUCGGCCCGGGCGCCAGUGCUUGCCGAUGUGGCUCUGGCCAGCAUCGUGGCAGGGUUCAUCUCUGUGGGCAUCGGCACUCCUGUGGACCUGGUAAAGAUAAGGCUGCAGAUGCAAACGCAGCCGUACAUCGAAGCAAACAUUAAACCGAAGCCCACAGUUCCUGGAUUUCCUGCGUACCGAGGCCCAAUUCACUGCUUUAGGACAGUCCUACAGAAAGAGGGGAUAGCAGGAAUAUACCGAGGCAUGGGAGCAAUGCUUCUGAGGGAUGUUCCUGGGUACUGCCUCUAUUUCAUCCCUUACACAUUUUUCUGUAGCUGGAUUAACCCUGACGGAUGCAUUUCCCCUAGUCCCUCCUCCAUCUGGCUGGCAGGGGGUGUAGCAGGAGCCAUUUCCUGGGUGACUGCUACGCCAAUGGACGUUGUGAAAAGUCGACUUCAGGCAGAUGGAGUUCAUUUAAACAAGUACAAAGGGACCCUUGACUGUAUCUUGCAGAGCUACCGGAACGAGGGCCUAAAAGUCUUUUUUAGGGGCGCCACGGUCAAUGCAGUGCGAGGAUUCCCAACGAGUUCAGCCAUGUUUCUUGGCUAUGAACUUUCCCUCAAAGCAAUGAAAAGAGACCAAAAUGAGAGCAAUCCUUAACUUCCAGGGUUGCAUUAAGGAGCAGCAUCAAAAAUACCCGAUUACAGAAAUUUUUUUAGCACUUAAAUACUCAAGAUUAUUCUUCGCAGUCUUUGCUGUUUUCUGCAGUACGUUAUAAACCUCCUUCCUUCUUAUUUCAAAAGUGUUGCCAAGAAGACCUGAAAGUCUCCUACUUCCCUGAGCCAAAUCAGCAGUGUGGUGGUGGUGAGGGCUCAGCUGCUCUGACUGAAGACUCCUGUUCCUGCACCUAUGGCAUCUCCAUUCUCUUCUGCCAUGGACUUAGUCCCUGGAGGACUCCAAAAACUGCACCAGCUCAAUCAAAUCCAAAGACUGCUUUUUUUAUCAAAUCUUUCACUCUGUUGUCUAAGAGCACGUUAAUAAUUCCCAUGUUGGUGUUGGGCUUUUUCACCGAUGACAUUUUUCCCAUUGAGCCAAGAGAACAACUUACUUCCCUUACCCACACCAGUGAGAUAUACCCCAAAACCAGCCCAACCGACACCGGAUGAGAGAGCGUCUUUUGUACAACACUGCGUUAAUGCUCAUCUUUUAUGUGAACAAGGAAAGGGGGAGCUGUGAUGGGUGUGCAGGUGCUUUUCAUGUUGGAAGGUCUGGAUUCCCACCAAAUCCUAGCUUGCUUUCAGGAUCAAAGAAACGGAUGACUCCACCCGUAUGAACGGAUACUCAUAUUUUACAUCACAGAACUCUCCAGUUUGCCACAAUUUAACAUGUUAUUAUGAAAAUAUGUGAAGGGCUUCAACAACUUCAGUUAUCCAAGGCAUAAAUUAAAUUGGGAAAAAGAAGGACGUUAAAUUCAGAGACUAAGCUGCUAUUUUUCUUCAGAAAACAAUAGAACAAGUCCGCAUUUCAUAUGGAUAGGUGCCUACUGAUUUACCGAACUCGCCUUGUGUAGCCCUCCAGGGACCUGCUAGAGGUAUCUCGUCAGACCUUCUGAUUUCCCUGAUGUGACAGUCCAACUUGCCAACUCCCAAACCCUGCAGACAUCACUUUGCAGCCUUGAGAGACUACCACCAAAGGAAGUCUCUUCAAGGGAUGCAGGGUUUAUCCCAAAUUAUUGUCUAAAAUACAUGGGCCAACUUCAGACUUCCAGCUCUUUGCUGCACUCCCACUGAGAUGACUGGGGCAGACCCAGGUCUCUCUGUGGUCUACCUCAGCCUUUCAGUUAUUCCAAGAUCUUUUACAUCAUGAUUACUGCUGUUAAAUAUCUUCAUGCUUUAUUUUCUAAGCAUGGAGAUUCUGAUGCCAAAAACCAAGAAGAACCAGCUCUGCUGGGACAAGAAGACUCCAGUGGCAGUGGCAGGAGAGGCUGAGGGGUAACAGCCUCGCAUGAAGAGGGACAUGGGGGAACAGCGUGGGACAACACUGUCCUCUGAGAAAUGUCCAGUUCCCUGCAUCUUCCUCUGGAGAAGAAGAGCUCUGGGGAAAAAGCCCAGCAAUGGCAGUUUUAGCAGAUGCCCUCAAUAAAGGUUUCUGAAGACAACCUGGAGCAGCUGUCCAGCUUUCCUCCAUAAAGGGAGGAGAAGGAAAGAGAAACUCCUAAGUUCUCUUCCCCGGAUUAAUGGAGGAAUUGGUGGCGAGACUUGAAUACCUCUGCAGAAAGUGCCUAAAACCUCGGGUCUGGAGCCAGACUCAGAAACGGGGUCCCCAACAUUGGUCUCUUCUUCGCUCUGGCCCAAAUGAAAACCAGAAGCGUGGCUUCCUCCAAAACCAGCCUUAAAGUUGGAGAAACAGCUGGUGUUGCUUCAUCUCAGGACUUGCACGCAAGGAGGUUCACAGUGCCUUUGAGCUUGGCGAGAGCACAGGGAUCUGUUUUUGAUAAACAAUAUGGAUAAAACUGAUGAGCCUUCACACAAGUAUUUGUUGCUGGCUGCAUUUAAGGAUUCAUCCUUUCCAUGUUACCUGUUUUAAUGCAUAUAUGUAAAACGUUCUCCAGAUGCGUAACAUCUUAUGUCUCCAGGGAUAAUUCUCGGGGAGACCAUUUGUUUAGUGCAAAUAAAUGGUGAUACUUAUC